AUGACCCAUGAUGGUCAUGUUGUGGCCGUCAUGGUACCGCUGGCAGCACAGGGUCAUCUCAACCAGCUUCUCCACCUCUCUCGCCUCAUCUCCGCCCGCAACAUCCCGGUCCACUACAUCGGGGCCGCCACCCACAAUCGCCAAGCCAAGCUACGCAUCCACGGUUGGGAUCCAUCAGAGCUUGCCAACCUCCAUUUCCACGACUUCAUCAUUCCUCCUAUUCCCUCUCCUCCCCCCAACCCCAAAGCGGAAACCAUGUUCCCUGCCCACCUCAUCCCGUCGUUUCGGACGGCAGCGAUCCACCUCCGCGACCCUCUCACACAUCUCUUACGCUCACUCUCUUCCCAGACAAGAAGAAUCAUUGUGAUUCAUGAUUCCUUAAUGGCAUCAACCGUUGAGGAUAUUGAGUCCAUACCAAACGCAGAAUCUUAUAAUUUCCAUAGUGUCUCAGCUUUUGCCAUGGCCAUUUAUGAUCUUGAACAAGAAGAAACAAAAGGUAAAGAAAACUCCAUAAUUAAGGAUCUUAAUAUUCCAUCUCUUGAUGGUUGCUUCACUCCUGAGUUUUGGGAGUUUGUGGAAUUGCAAUUUGGAGUCCCAAGAAAGUUCUCUGGGAAUCUCUACAAUACUUGCAAGGCUAUUGAAGAGCCAUAUUUGGAGAUUCUUCAAAGAAUCAACCAUGAGACUAAGCAUUGGGCCAUUGGGCCUUUUAAUCCUGUGGAAUUGGGCCCAUCAAACCUCAAUACUCAUCCUUGCUUGGAGUGGUUGGACCAGCAACAGACUAAUUCUGUGGUCUAUGUUUCCUUUGGGACUACCACCGCCUUGGAAGACGAGCAAAUCCUUGAGAUAGCAGGUGGAUUAGAGAGAAGUGGGCAAAAGUUCAUUUGGGUGUUAAGAGAUGCAGACAAAGGAGACGUCUUCGAUGGAGAAGUUAGAAAAUCAGAGCUACCGGAGGGGUUUGAAAAACGGAUGAAAAUGGAAGGGAGGGGGUUGGUGGUCCGAGAUUGGGCGCCGCAAUUAGCCAUUCUUAGCCAUGGUUCGACGGGAGGGUUCGUGAGCCAUUGCGGGUGGAACUCGUGCAUGGAGACCAUAACCAUGGGGGUUCCGGUGGCAGCGUGGCCGAUGCACUCUGACCAACCGAGGAACGCUGUGCUGAUGACAGAGGUGCUCCGAGUUGGUCUCAACAUAAGAGAUUGGGCUCAUCGAGACAAGCUUGUAAUGGCAACAACUAUUGAAAAUGCACUGCGGAAGCUUAUGGUAUCAGAGGAAGGUCAAGUGAUGAGGAAGACCGCGAAGGAGCUUGGCGUCAAUGUGCGUCGAUCGGUGGAAGACAAGGGAGUGUCUCGAGUGGAGUUUGAUUCUUUCAUUUCUCAUAUUACAAGAGACACUUGA